CAAAAACAUCCUACCACAACUAGCUAAAAAUAGUACACAAACAUUGGCUUUGCUAUUUUGGUCCUACUUUUCAAGUAUGGGUAAGUUUAAGGCUUUGUCCCUUCUUGUUUUGCUUGUUUUUUCAAGCCUCGUUGUGAUGUCUGAAAGUAGGGUGGCAAGGAUGGAUUUAGGGUUGGAUUUGGGUGGGGUAGGAGUUGGUGUUGGUCUUGGGAUUGGGUUGGGGUUAGGUGGUGGAAGUGGUUCGGGUGCCGGUGCAGGAGCUGGCUCAAGUUCAAGUUCAAGCUCGAGUUCUAGUUCUAGCUCAUCCUCGUCCGGAGGAGGAGGUGGUGAUUCAAAGGUAGGUUCAUACACUAGAUCAAGAGUCGGUUCUGGAUCUAGAAAUCGAGGUAGGUCCGGUGGUAGUGGAUACGGAGGUGGACACGGCGGAGGUUAUGGUGGAGGAAAUGGUGGCAACUAAAUUCAUGCAUGCAUGUCAAUUUUUCACUAGUAAAAGAAUUCACCACUUAAAAUUAUGAUUAAGUAAUAAACAUUAUGGUGUAGUCUUUAAUUAUAUAUGUAACUUGUACUACGUGUUUGAUCAUUGUCAUUUGUGUUUUAAGGUUUAAAUGAAAGUUUGGUUCAUGUUUUAUGUAUUCUUCACUUUAUUAUGUUAAUGACGUGUUAAUUUCUACUUACUGUUGUGGACAACAAAAUUUUAUUGAAUUUAAAUCCGCAAGAAAUUUGGAUUAUAUUAAAUUCAAGAUAUAUUAAUCCAAAUAAAUAUUGUGGAUUAAUAUAAUUGGAUUAAUUAUUUAAAUCCAACAAAUAUGGUUUUAAUUAAAUUGGUCCAAUUUUACUGGGCUAGUCCAUUAAUUUGGGCUAAAAAUGAUGAGCCCACUUUGCCAAGCCCAAAAUGUUAUCUUAUUCUUGAG